CAUGCGGACUCACACAGGGGAGAAACCCUACAAGUCUGAGGAGUGUAGCAAACAGUUUAGUCAGCUGGGUAAUCUGAAGAGACACAUGCAGACUCACACGGGGGAAAAACCGUACAGGUGUGAGGAGUGCAGUUGGCAGUUUAGUGAAUCGGGUAAGCUGAAGAUUCACCUGCGUACUCACACUGGGGAGAAACCCUACAGAUGUGAGGAGUGCAGCAGGCAGUUCAGUCAGCUGAGUAUUCUGAAGAAGCACAUGCAUACUCAUACAGGGGAGAAACCCUACAAGUGUGAGGAGUGCAGCAAACAGUUCAGUCGGCUUGGUCAUCUUUGUGGACACAUGCGAACUCAUACAGGUGAGAAACCCUACAGGUGUGAGGAGUGCAGCAGGCAGUUCAGUCAUCCGGGAAUUCUGCAGAACCAUAUGCGAACUCACACAGGGGAGAAACCCUACAGGUGUGAGGAGUGCAGCAGGCAGUUCAGUCAGCUGGGUAGUCUGAAAAAACACAUGCGGACUCACACAGGGGAGAAGCCUUAUAAGUGUGAGGACUGUAGCAAACAGUUCAGUGAGCUGGGUAAUCUGAAGACUCACAUGCGGACUCACACAGGGGAGAAACCCUACAAGUGUGAGGAGUGCAGUAAGCAGUUCAGUGAGCCUGGAAGUCUGAAGGGACACAUGCGAACUCACACAGGGGAGAAACCCUACAGGUGUGAGCAGUGUAGCAGGCAGUUCAGUCAGCUGUUUAACCUGAAGAACCACAUGCGGACUCACACAGGGGAGAAACCCUACAGGUGUGAGGAGUGCAGCAGGCAGUUCAGUCAGAUGAAUCAUCUGAAAAGUCACAUGCGAACUCACACAGGGGAGAAAUCCUACAGGUGUGAAGAGUGCAGCAAGCAGUUCAGUCUGCUGAGUAAUUUGAAGUCCCACAAGCGGACUCAUACAGGGGAGAAACCCUACAGGUGUGAACAGUGUAGCAAGCAGUUCAGUCAGCUGGAUGAUCUAAAGAAGCACAUGCGGACUCACACAGGUGAGAAACCCUACAAGUGUGAGGAGUGUAGCAAGCAGUUCACUGAGCUGGGUCAUCUAAAGAAACAUAUGCGGACUCACACUGGGGAGAAGCCUUACAGGUGUGAGGAGUGCAGCAGACAGUUUAGUCAGCUAGGUAAUCUGAACGCUCACAUGCGGACUCACACAGGUGAGAAACCGUAUGGGUGUGAGGAGUGUAGCAAGCAGUUCAGGGAGCAGGGUCAUCUAAAGAAACAUAUGCGGACUCACACAGGGGAGAAACCAUACAGGUGUGAGGAGUGCAGCAGACAGUUCAGUGAGCUCGGAAGUCUCAGAAGACACAUGCAAACUCACAAAUAAGAAAGCCCAGGACAAGAAUUGUGAAAUAGAGAUGUUGUCACAACUUUCACAUUUUGAAGAUUGCCUGCAAUAAUGGCUUUUUUUGUCAAUGAUACUUUUUUUCACAUUUUGUUGAGUAGUUUAGUAGUAUAGUCAGCUUUUUUAUUGUAACUCUAUGUAUUGUUGUAAUAAUGUUUCUUUGAAAGCUAUUACUUUUAAUUAAGUUUUGUUUUCUUACCGAUUUCUUAUAUAAAGUUCCUAACCUUAGAUUAGCUAGAAAAUUAUAACAGAGUAGGUUUUGUUCUUUGUUUCUUUAUGUAAGUUUUGUAUUGUGCAUGCCCGUCUGGUGUGGAAUUUAAGUUGCAGAAGUCUUGUUCUAUAUUUCAGUCAUGCAGCUUAUAUAACUUUGGUAAGAACAGAACUGGUGAAAGCAGUUAUUGUGUGAAGUAGACUUGUUUCGUCACCACUAACGACUUAUGGUUCUUUGUACUAAUCUAGGAUUUACUUUAGUGUUAGCCCUGUCAGGUAUUUAUUUAUAAUUAUACUUACUUUCAACUAGGUUUUCAUCUUUUUUAGGGGUAUCGGAAGUUGUUUUUUUGAGGCAUGAAUUUUUCUUGAAAACCCACAUUGUAGAAGUAUUAUUAUUUUAGGUUUUAACUUUUAUUGUUCUGUUAGUUUUUUUCAUUAUAUUCAUUUGUUUUGUUCAAUAAAGUUGUUUGUUUGAUGCACACUU